AUGUGCCCGUGCCCCCUGCACCGCGGCCGCGGCCCCCCGGCAGUGUGCGCCUGCAGCGUGGGUCGCCUGGGUCUGCGCUCGUCCGCCGCGCAGCUCACAGCCGCCCGGCUCAAGGCGCUCGGAGACGAGCUGCACCAGCGCACCAUGUGGCGGCGCCGCGCGCGGAGCCGGAGGGCGCCAGCACCCGGCGCGCUCACCACCUACUGGCCCUGGCUGUGCGCGGCCGCGCAGGUGGCGGCGCUGGCGGCCUGGCUGCUCGGCAGGCGGAACUUGUAGGAACGCGGGGCUUCUUGGUGGGGCCGGAGCCGAGACUCAGCCGGAGCGAGCAACAGGUUGGUGAAAACCCUGUGUCCUUGGAGAAAGCUGGUUCCCGUUUUCCAGAGGGGGAGCCCAGAGCUUGAAAGGCCGUGGUUGGCACUUCGAGAAGGAAGUGGAGAAUAAAGACGGCGCCUGGAGCAAUAGUAGAAACACAGAAUGGGACUGGGGAAGCCCUUUGGAAAUCCAGCUGCAGAAACAGACACCCCAAUGCUAUUUACAUACAGCUCUCUCUCUCUAUAUAUAUAAAAAAAGGAAAAUAUGAAUAUUAUUUAUCAGUGCAUGCCUUGUUGAGGACGUGGUCCCCUUCCCUUUCUGCACCUUGCGAUGUGAACUUUGAUACUCUGUAGUGUCUGGGGCACCAGAAGAGAGAUGCCUGCUGUGUACUUAGAAAAUUUGCAAAGACUGGUGGGAAUUAGCCCCAGCGGCAGCCAACUGCCUGGGGAUAGACACUGGUGGAGUAAGAGGUCAAAUUGCAAAAAGCAUGAUAGGAAAAAAAAAAAAUGACUUAGGGCUAAUUUUGUAGGGGCAGUCUGGGACAUCCUCAUUUCUUGACACAUCCUGGCCUCUAUCUCUAUGCCUGUUUAGAUAGAUUGCUAGAUCCCACCGUCACCUCAAGAGAAGUGGGAUUUUGUUUUUCCUACCGAUUUGGUGUCUUUGGUGCUUCACUUAAAUCUUGCUGGUGCUAUGUGUGUUCUUGCUGGUGCUGCCAUGGUAUUCUGUUGACUGACCUGGAAGGCCAGGGGACAAGAGAAAUUUCUAUUUUGCUGUUUUGGAUUCUUUUUUUUUUUUUUUAAGGGAUGAAUUGCAAAGUGCCACCUGAGAGUGUCUCCUCUUUCUCUAUGUGGGGAUGACUAUCCAGAGGUCUUUGGUAGCAAACCUUGGGGUCCAAGAGUGGGGCUGGGAGGGGAUGGCACUGAGGGGCAUGUGGUUAUGAGAUGGAAAGUUGACCUCAUGCAUGACUCGGUUGCUCUCCUCCAUCCCCACAGAAGUCCCCUGCGGGUUGAGCCCAUGCCCUCCCCCACUCCCCAAGGGGAUUUCAGGGUUUAGGUUUUAUGGAUUAAAGAGCCAAGAAAUGGCUACAUUCUGGUCAAGGGUGAUUUAUAAGCAAGGGAUGUUGGGGGAGGUAGCGGGUCAUUUAAAUGAAAUGCACCAGCAUCUUGCUGAUUGACAGAGGUCUGAUCCCCCCCCCCCCCAGGAUAAGCUAUUUUCAGAAGUUUCUAGAAGGGCUAAACAAAGAUGUGUGCUGGACUGAGACUUGGCUGCAAAGACUCUUCAGGGAGUAGUGAUUAUUUUUUGCUUUCAUUAAAAAAAAAAUCUAAAUAAACAGGUAUUAUCCCUCCAUGCAGGGUACCACACACUGCCAUUUUCAAAGCUGAGGUGAUGAGGUGUCAGGCUGCAGAUUUAGAUAGGCGUUCUCCAUGGCUGGAUUUUCAGGUCACCCCCCAAUACCUAUGGACAGGGGGUCCAGUGAACUAGUUAGCAGGUACCCCUCCGGGUCUAAGAAGCCAGCAGCACCGUCAGCAGUUGUGAAGGUACAUGGGGCUGACAUGGCAAUUACCCCACAACCCCCAUAUGCUUUGCUGAAAAUGACCAGGUGCUUUGAAAUGUACAACCUCUCUGUGCUUCUGCAAGCCGGGGGCUGGGUUUCUUUGUUCCUUCUUUUUCUUAAUCCAUACCUUCCUUAUGUUUUCCUAAAUAGCCCUUUAAAGAAAAAUGCAGCCCAUAACUACUGAAGCCAAGGGAAGGCCCCCCGCACCAUCCCCCAGCUUUGAAGUAAGCAAAGCAAAUAAAUAAAUAAAUAAAAAUCUUAUUUCUAGAGAACUUAUUUCCCCUUGUGGCUUGCACCCUGCCCUCCAGGUUGCUGUUUGCAGGGGACUGUCAUUUAGGUGGGGGCUGUGGAGAAUAGCAGGCAAUAUCCCCACCAAACCACGAACUUAGAAGGAGAAGUUAUUAGAAUGGUAUGAAAUACUGUCUCUGCUUCUA